AAUUGGUUAUCGCGUUUGACGUAAGACGAAAGCUGGCAACGAGUAUUGGAAACGUAAUUGAUCAUGGAGACAAAAAUCUUCGCUACGACGUUUCUACUUCUGUUUUCUCUUCUCUUACCGCCAUCAUUGUCGUUCUUACCGCACACUAGACAUGGAAAACGUGAUUUAGCUCCAGAGGUAUUUGAAGUAACUUGUACAUACUUCCUACUAGAAAAUUAGUUAGAUAGGGCAAAGUAACUCCACAUAAAAGUUGUCGUUAAAUGCUUACUCCUAAGGAUUUUAUCCACAAAAGCUCACAAACUUAGGCAGUAUCACUACGUACAUGUAAACUGACAUCACAGAUAUACCCACAUCAAGCUUACAAUCUACAUAUCCAACACCUUUUACUUGUAUAGUGAAAACGAUUGCAAACAUACAAAUAUUUUCAGUUAAGGAUGUCAUCGACAGACUCAUGUUAAGAUUAAGAUUUAUUUAACAGCUUCAUAUAACCUGCUGUUCUACUUUUAAGAAAAACAAAUACUUGUCGGUUAAGUCACUGACUUUAAUUCCUACUCUGGUGUUCAGUUCAUGAAUGUUUUGUUUUUUGGAAAAUUUUUCAUGGAAAGGCCUUAAUUGUUUCUUCCUUUUUCAUACACGCAUUGAGGAUUGAAGAUACUAUCUUUUUAUUUUUGUUUAUACUCGUUCCCUGGUUGUAUAAAUGAAACGUUACCUAAGCCUUCCUUAAUUGGCUUCGGUUUCUUGGUGUAUUAUUAAAUUAACUGAAGAGCUAUUUAAAUAAUAUCAUUGUAUAAUAUAUUUUCUAAAAUCUUCGGGUGAAUAUUUUUAAAAAGCAUUCAAUUAUUCUUAGAAAUCUAUAAAAUAUCAUAAAGGCGUUUGAAUGUCAUUGAUACGUAAUCGCUUGCUUUUCCUCUCUUUUUAAAAACGAAUUUCUGAAACGUUUCCUAGGCUUACAAAUUUGGCCAGUUUAAAAGGAAAGUCUGGUUUAUUUUAUCUUAUUUUUUAAAGCCUCAUUUUUAGAUUAAAAAGCACUCUGCAAAAAUAGGCCGAACAAAGAACACCUCGGAUAUAGGUUUAAGUCAGAUUUGUCCCCUUUAUUUUUUAUCGUUAAUAUCAAUUCUGUAUUUCUCACAAAUUAAACUGUGAUCAUGGCAGAUGUUGUCAAAAUUAAAUAAGCUAACUUUAUUCCGUCUUAAAGAGACCACGUUUUAAAUUUCAGACUUUGCAACAAAGCUGUUUUGAACUUAUUUGAUUCAGAUCAUCGACUUAUGGAGUUUUCUUUAUGUUUAUUUACCUUCUCUAAAGUAACAUUUUGUUGUAUUGUAUUCUUCUCUGCCCGAACCCCGCCUGCGCCUGCGUGCGGGUUUAUUUUAUUCUUCAAUCCAUUUAACAUACUCACAGUACACACACCUGCAGUUUAUGAUAACGGAAAAAUAAAGAACAAUUACUUGAAGUUUCUAAUGGUCUUAAGAACAGGAAGUGGCCGUUUUGUUUGAUUUGAGGUCGGGUAUUCCACUUAUACGACUUUGAACCUUUACAUGGCUUUCAAACUUUGCAUUUAGGAAGUCAUCUGGGUUCUUCAAACUCGAGUCUUGAAUUUUCUCAUAACAAAAUGAAAAAUGUUAUUAUUUAUUUAUUUUUAUUUUUUUUUAUUUUAUUAUGAAAAAUAUUAAGGGAUCAAGGCAUGUAGAUAAUUUAUUCCAUUAAUAAAUUACGGCUUAGGAUUAUUCGGGCUAUUCCUGCUAUUGUCAUCAAUACAUAUAUAUACAUUUUCUUUUCUUUUCUUUCUUCCUUCUUCUUUUUGCUUUACCUAAGGUGAACACCAAUGCUGAACUAAGAGAGUUUUGCAGACAAGUGGAAAGGAGAUGCCUGGAGAGUAUAUACUCUUGGAGGAAAUCGCUAAAAGAAGAGAAAGGACAUCAAAAACAAUUUAAAAGAGGCCCGAAGAUAGAUAAUAAAUUUUUCUCGGAUAACAACACUCCCUGA